GGUCAGGCUGCGCCCAUAGACUGAACACAUCAACAAGUGGGUCGACAUUUCUCUUCGCAGUGUUACCGUGCUGUUUGACAGAAUGAAUGUGGGUGUGGCACACAGUGAGGUGAACCCAAACACUCGGGUCAUGAACAGUCGAGGGAUCUGGCUCACGUAUACACUCGGUGUUGGAAUACUUCACAUUGUGCUCUUGAGCAUACCGUUCUUCAGUGUGCCAGUAGUGUGGACCCUCACGAAUGUCAUCCACAACUUUGGAAUGUACGUGUUUAUGCAUGCGGUGAAAGGGACGCCCUUUGAGACCCCUGACCAAGGGAAGGCCAGACUUCUUACACACUGGGAACAGCUCGAUUACGGCAUGCAGUUCACAUCUUCUAGAAAAUUCUUCACCAUUUCCCCAAUCAUUUUAUAUUUUUUGGCAAGUUUCUACACAAAAUAUGACACAACACACUUCUUCAUAAACACGACCUCACUUUUAAGCGUGCUGAUCCCCAAGCUACCACAACUGCAUGGAGUUAGAGUCUUUGGGAUUAACAAAUACUAAGUCUGGUUCAAGAUAAACUCAGUAUAUUGUCUUCUGUUCAACAUGCGUGUGUAAUAUGCUGUGCAAAUAAUUACAUUGUCAUUGAAAUCAUUGAGUUAAAUACAUUUUCAAAUGGAAACGUUUGAAGACCGGCUGCAACGCGCAAUUUUAACUUGAGUUAUUAUGUGUUUCGGUGUGGGCUCACCUGGGCUGGCCCAGGUAUCAGGAAGGUUUUUUUUUUUUUUUAAUUAUCUGUAGCCUUUUGAUUAACCUCUGCUUAUUUUGUAAGUUAUAAAUAUGUGAACAUGGAGUUUCAAGGCGGUAAACUUACAAAAUUGUCCAUGAAUAUGAAUGUUUGUUUUUCUUGAUCUGACUUGAAUUCACUUGGUGACACUAAUUGUAAUGACAUUUGUGUGUAGCCAUGGCAAUACCCCAAAUGUACUUAUGUACUUUUCAAAAAUAUUUACUUCGAGUGAGAGCUGUGUCUCUUUAUUGGUACACUGAUUUCAUAAAGGGUCUCAAAUUGUAACAACGGAAAUAUUCACAGACAUCAUGACAUUAUUAGUAGCUGUUGACUGUUUGUAAUGUUUACCAACAAACUGAUAACUAAUGAAAUCAGAAGCAGUGGCAAGCACGUAUUCAAGUGUACAAAUAUUUCACAUUUUAUUUUAGGGGUUUGGUAAAUAAAUAAGCUUGUCAUA